ACCACGUUUCGGUCUGUUAAGUCAUAUCCUAUUCCUUUGUCUUCUCUCCACCGCGAGCGACCACUGCCAUCGCCAUUGGCAAUCCAUGGCGUCCCUCUCUAGUCCCGGCUGCUCCGCCUCCUACCCUCUUGCGUACAGUCACCCACGUCCCGGGAGAUACGUACGGACGAAACCCAUCUACCCAUUUAAAUAUGAGCUCACGACCAAUAGCGGCGCCGACGUCUCUCUCGCGGCGUCUUCAUCUACAGCAGGCAGAGACGGAGGGCGGAAGCUGAGGAGAACUGAAUUGGCAGAGGAGACAAGAGGCGGAAUCGUAGACUUGGAGAAGCUCAAGGAGAGGGAGGAGAAGGAGAGGAAGGAGGAGAUUAACAGGAAGAUAGCGUCCCAGAAGGCAUUGUCGAUAAUCCUAAGAAGAGAGGCCACGAAGGCUGUCAUUGAGAAGAAGAAGGGACCCAACAACUCGAAGAAGCUGCUACCGAGGACGGUCCUUGAAGCCCUCCAUGACAGGAUCACUGCUCUCCGCUGGGAGUCUGCUCUCACGGUGUUUGAGCUUUUACGGGAGCAGCUCUGGUACAGGCCCAAUCCGGCAACAUACGUGGAGCUAGUAGUCAUGCUUGGGAAAUGUAAGCAACCUGAGAAGGCCCACGAGCUCUUCCAGGCCAUGAUCGAGGAAGGCUGUGAACCGAACAGUGAGUCCUAUACUGCCCUGCUCUCGGCUUACAGUCGCAGCGGUCUCUUUGACAGGGCCUUCUCCCUUCUCGAGCAGAUGAAGAGCACCAGAGGUUGUGAACCCGAUGUUCACACUUACUCGAUCCUCAUAAAAUCGUGUGUGCAGGUCUUCGAUUUCAACAGGGUGCAGGGCUUGCUCUUCGAUAUGGAAGCUCAGGGAGUCAAACCCAACACAGUCACUUAUAAUAUCCUCAUUGAUGCCUAUGGGAAAGCGAAAAUGUUUGCUGAGAUGGAAUCUACGAUAGCUGAAAUGCUACGGGAACCCAAUUGUGAGCCUGAUGUCUGGACCAUGAACUCCACACUGAGGGCCUUCGGAAGCAGCGGGCAAAUAUCAACAAUGGAGACGUGUUACGAGAAGUUUCAGGGCGCAGGGAUACAACCGAACAUCAGGACCUUCAACAUCCUCCUAGACUCCUAUGCGAAGGCCGGUAACUAUGAUAAGAUGAGCUCUGUGAUGCAAUACAUGCAGAAGUACCACUACUCCUGGACGAUUGUCACAUACAACAUCUUGAUAGAUGCAUUUGGUAGGGCAGGGGAUUUUAAGCAGAUGGAGCAUCUGUUUAGGCUUAUGCAGUCGGAGAGGAUAAAGCCUAACUGUGUAACCUUCUGUUCUCUUGUGAGAGCCUAUGGGCAAGCUAUGAAGCCUGAGAAAGUGAAGAGCGUUUUAAGGCUGAUUGAGAACUCGGAUGUAAUGCUGGACACUGUCUUCUUCAACUGCCUGGUGGAUGCUUUUGGGAGGAUGGGGUGCUUCGCAGAGAUGAAGGAUGUGCUCAGCAUGAUGAAGGAGAGAGGAUGUAAGCCUGAUAAGAUUACAUACCGGACAAUGGUGAAGGCCUAUUCCGUUAGUGGGCUGAGUAGCCAUUUGAAGGAGCUCCAGGACGAAUUACGAGAAGGAAACAUAUGACCUGGAGACGAGAAAUUAACAGUUAGUCCACCUUAUAAGUGGAGGCAUGACACCGGAUCGGUAACACUAUGCAGGAUUUGAUCAGGACCGAUGAAGUUCGGAAGAGGACCUAUAGCUAUGCAAAGUCGAGAUGUUCCUACUCCUGAUGGUUCAGAAUGCUGAAAGAGAUUUGAGACUCAUGGGAGUUAGCAAAUUACAGUGUUUAACGAUCGAAGGUUCUGAGACAAAGUACAAAUCUGCUGCUAACAUGAGAAAUCUCUGUCUACGGAAUCUCAGCUUGCAAUGAUGGAAGAGGAAAGACUACGGUCGGGUCUCGUAAAGAAGUGUCACAAUUCUUCCUAGCUUAAUUUUUGCACAACUAAACUGAAAAUGGCUUGUGGUUCAGGAUUGCAUUGGGCAGCUGGUGAAUCGGGUCAGUUCAGGUGUAUUCGCACAACGUAACACAGGAUGGGCGGCAUCGAAGCUGGAGCUGCUGAUAUGGGAACUGUAUGUAUUGAAUUACAGUUACAUAAUGAUCUGUCACCGUUUUUGUAGCUUGAAUCUCUCAGUUUUAUUAGGCGCCAGAUGAAUCACAUGAAGCAUUAGACUUUAACAAGUUGAGAAA